AUGAAGGGUGAACAAGGUAGAAAUGUUCCUUUUGACGAAAACCAAUUUCGACGAGAAAACGUUCAACCUGCUCCUGUAAGUAUGUUGAAAAUUUGUUCGAAAAUGAUACAAUUAUGGAAAUCUACCGAAUUAAUAAUUAUAUACUGUCAUGUUUAGAAUGAAGAAGGUGAUGAUAUGGUUGCCGAGGAUGUAGAUCUGGUAUUGGGGUGUAAUUGCACGGAGAAAUGUCGUUGUUUGGAUCUUGCCGAGGAGAAUAUUCAUAGGCUCGAAGACGAACUCGUGUUGGUAAGCUUUGCACAAAACUAUUUAACAAUUAUUCGCCGAAGGCCAGGUGAUUAUCGGGGAAUAUUCACCGAGACAAAGUCGAGGUGAAUAUAUUCCUCGUGAUAAUCGCCAAGCCUAAUCAACAAAUAAUUAUUUGCCUAAUCAACAAGCGGGCCAAAUACUUGUUUUAGUAUUUUUGCACAAGUCUUUUGUGUUUUUUUGGGACUGAAUUUAUUUUAAUUUCGCUUAUAUUUCUUUUAUCAGUAAAUUUCGGUUUUGUUCUAUUGUAGGUGAAUAUAUAACAGCUUAAUACGUCGAAUUUGACCAAUCAACUUUAUAGGAUUUGUUAUUAUUAUUCCGACUUGUGCAAAAAUACUAAAUCUCUAUAUUCUCCCCGACUGUUCUAAAAUAUAUUCAAAUGUAUUUUUUCUGUGUUGAUGUAAUGUACUCAGGUGAAUAUGAUGCUUGUGAUGUUACUCUGAGUGUAUAUCCACACCGGGCAAGCUUGAAAAAUAUGCCUGGCCACCAUGGUCAGGCAUAUUUUUCAAGCUUGUCCGGUGUGGAUAUACACUCAGAGUAACAUCACAAGCAUCAUUUCAAAUGUGUAUAAAUAAUUCAAAAAACAUAAAACACGAUAACCAUUUUGAACAGUUUUUUAAUGAUAUUUGCUCCACAUUUUAUUUUCAUGUUGACCAAUCUGCAUGGCUACCGAGAAAUUAUGUGUCAAAUGUUAUAUAUAAUUAUAUAGUUGUCGUAUAAUUCUAAAGUUGAAUAGAUCUUGCUGUUUAACGGACAACGUUGAGCCUGAUGAUCCAUAUGAGUUUAGAAAUCCUUUGGCAGACAUAAGUCAGGUUUUUUGGAAUAUAAAAAAUGCAGACAAGGACAAGGUAAUUUAUAUAUUUAGGUGCGGUGAAAUUUAUCACUGCAUGGGUUUGUGGUUUUGUACAAGCUGCAUGCAUUUAUGCAAACUAUUGCUUCCUACGCGGUGACAAACUAUAACAUCUAAUAAGCUUCACUACAUAAAGCCGGGCAAUCACGCAUCAUGCAUUGCGCGUGUUCUGGGAUUGUGUAUGGUGUAUUGGUGUAGGAUAUCUCAGGGCAUUUUUACAUUCGUGUAAUUACAGAUGUUUUUAGCUCAAUUCAAAUUGUUCAAUUUUUCCUUUGUCUUUGAUGUUUUUAGAUGAAUGAUUCGAGAGAGAGCGGAACUGGCGACGGAGGUACAUGCAUGCAGAAUAGGGCCAUUUAUAUGGGAGAAUAUAUAAGUCGUUACUGACGUAAGUCAUGUUUAUGUGUGAGACGCGACCUAUGUAAUUCGCGACUUACUUUCUCCUGCAUAAAUGGUCCUAAUGAUGUCUCAUUUUCAUGGACCUGCAAGUUUAUGUUUCGACAUUUGCAUAAUUGUAUUAUGAAGGCAUGGCAGCUAUACGUAUAGGUACGAAGUAUUACUUCCUUCUGCAUGUUAUGCCUAUUUUAGGUAAAAAAAGUGUGGAAUCAAAUCAACAGAAGAAAAAAUUUCCAUGGACAACAUACUAAAAGAUGUUUCGAAAACUUGCUGUAAAGACCAGUGCCUAAAGAAUUUUUCUCUACAAUCUGUAAACAAGCAACGAAAACGAGUUUGGUCGAAAUUGUUUUCAGAUCGUAAAAUUUAUAUCAAUGCCAUGAUCGAGCAGGCAGAGUUAGGACGAAAUCCUCGUAAAGGUGGGAAGGGACCAAGCGAGAAGAGAUUUAUCUUUAAUGGAGUAAAUAUAUGCCCGAAAGCCUGGUGUGCUGUUCAAGGAAUUUCGAAAACAUGGUGAGAUUACAGAUUACAAUUUGGCUUUUUCUGCAAUUAUGCUUUGGUAAUAGGUGGCAAAUCAUCAAUUUGAAAGUCUAAAUUAAGCGCAUGCGACCGAGUAAAAUUAAGAUUUAAUUUCACGCACGUUUUUAUUAAAGUUUACAAUUUGGUUUACAAUUUCACAAUGAACCAGGGCAACUUCCCCAUAGAGAAAACUAUAUUUAUGAUUUUUAGAAUGAUAUUAUCAAUUAUUCUUUGGGCAUUUUCGACUUUUUUUUGCAUAUAGGCCUUACUGCCCCACUCCCCCACCCCUGCAUGCAGUGAACUUUUUUGGAUUACUUGUUAAUUAUAUUAUAUAGUGAGCAAAAUUUAUCGGAUUAUCUGUCAUUCAUGAAAUCUCCAAUGGUGUUCUAUAUACAUGCAUGUAUUGUCUUAUAUAUUUGCAGCUUUUUUGAACACCGAAAAGCUAUUCAAGAAUACGAAGUUCAUGAUACAACAGCCAAACUCAGUCGAAGGUCUGUUACCUACGAAAUGGCCAAAAUGUGGUUCGGUAAUUUCAGCAAGUUUGCGGAUUCCAUGCCAAAUUGUGACGUAAAGUGCUUACCCUCCUGCUUAACAAAGCUUACGGUGUAUAAUUUGUACGUGGAUCAAAUGAAAGACCAACCAAAAUUGUCUCGCACGAGAUUCAUAUACGAAAUGUGGAGAACAAGCUUUCCGAAUGUCUAUAUAUCCAAGGUACUAAUAUUAUUUCCUCCAUGUAAAAAUUCUGUCAACGAGGAUGGUCCUCUGAAAAUCAUUGUCACCACACAGGCACAGUAUAUAAACGACUUAAUUUUUUUAAUUUAAAUUGGUUAUUCCAAAUGCAGUUUUUAUCAAUAUUAUUUUGUACAGGAACCUGAACUGUGUUGAUUGUAUUUGUCUUAUGUAAUAAUAUUUGUCGAAAUUGCAUCUGAGACCACCAAUUAAUUUUUGUUCUAAUUAACCUUGACUGUUCUAAUGCAAUUAUAAUAUUUUGCUUUCUUUUGUAGCAAAGCCGUUUCACAAAAUGCUCCAUCUGUGUCCUUUUGAAAGAGAAGCUACAAAGUUCUAAGCUGACAGCUAAUCUGCGGCAGCAGUUUACACUGAUGCGAAGGGUGCACAUAACACAGCAAAUGUGAGUUUUGCAUUUUCAGUAUCGAGUAUUUUAAAACAAGUCAUGCAUGUUUAUUAAAUUUAAAGCACGAGAAGUACACUCCUAUUAUUAUAUACUCUGAAAGGGCUGAACGAGAAAAGUAUUAUAAGCAUGGCUUCAAAGCGAAGCACGAGCCGAAGAAGUACUUGUCAAUCAUUAUUGAUGGCAUGGAUCAGUCCAAGCACAAUUUGUCACAUUUUCAAGUGACAACAAAGGUAUUAUUUUAAUUGACAUGCAUGCAGUUCUACACCGAAGGCGAUGUGAAUACCGCCAAAUAAAAACCGAGAAAAGUAGAGGUUUUAUUCAUGCACGAUAAUCACAAAGUCUGAGGUGCAUGUAUGAAUAACUGUUUUCUUUUAGUAUAUAAAUUCAUAGGUGAUUGUGUGGAAAAAACAAAAAUUACACAUUUGUUCAUCACUUUCUUAAAACAAACCCCGGUGUACCAUCUUAAAUAUGAUGGGGAUGAUUAUCGCGUGAUAGUCACCUCAUAAGCAACCAUCAGCGUGCAGCAUUUUCAAUAUACGAUAUUUCAAUGUGAUUGCUUGAUCUUUUAUGAAGGUUGACAGCACAGCUACUAGAUUAAAGACACACGUAACUGGUGUUUUGGCUAACUGUCAUUCAAUGGCUUCUGCAUUUCUGGACAACUGUGAAUGGCCACAUGACUCAAAUUUAACGAUCAACAUCUUAAUGCGGACACUGCUACUAUUUCAAGGGAAGGUAUGCAUGCAUGCAUAGACCUUUUGUAUUAUAUUAAAUUUCUUUGACUUUGUAGGUUUAUUAUGAAGCUACAGGCUAUGCAUGCCUGCGGCUUAAACAGUUAAACUGCGCACCUUCAAGCAGAUGCCAUGGCAUUAUAAAAGAGCGUUUGAAAACAGGUCAAAAAUCUUAAAAAUACUGGUCAGGAUAACCAUUCGGCGAGAACCUCUUCAGAACUUCUCUUAUGUUGUCUUUAAGGUGUAGCUAAUUAGUCAUUUCGUCUAAAUUAUUUUGAAAUUUAAUAACAUUUUUCUAUUUAAUUAAAUGAGUAUAUAGGAGUGUUUAUCAGACAUAGCUAUACGAUACGAAAAACCUAUUGCCAUUGAUGAAAGUAAAUGCAUGUAUUGAAUUUGCUUAAAAAACUAACCCGCGCUUCGCAUGCAUUGUAUCCGACCAAAUCGAAUCACCCAAAUAGAAUCACACUCGCCGAUUACCUCUGAUCCAAGUUAAAUCGAAAUAAGUUAAGUGAUAAUAAUAUACGUUCAUGUACUAACGUGCAUGCAUUUCUUAUAGCUUGAUAAACUGCCACCUGUCAUGUACCUACAAAUGGAUAACUGCUACCGUGAGUGCAAGAAUAAAUUUGUCCUUGGAUUCUUGGCUAUCUUGGUGAAAAUGGGUCUGUUCAGAAAGGUACUUUUCAUAUAUUUCACUAAUUUUAAUUUGUAUCCAUGAAUAAUUUCAAUCAUUGACCAGAACAGUAACGUUAAAAUUAACCUCUCUCAUUUUUAUUCAGAUAAAACUAUCAUUCCUUAUGGUUGGACAUACACAUGAGGACAUUGACCAAAUGUUCUCAUGCUUCUCCCGUCAUUUGGCCAAGCAUGAUGCAAGAACAAUACCAGAGCUGUUUGCAGAAAUGGAAAGUUCCUACACCCCAAAACCUUCAUGCGAACAACUGCGGUGUAUGUUUGAUGUUAAAAAGUGGAUGGACGGUUAUGUGGAGGAUAAAAUAAGUGGCCAUGUCCAUCAGCAACAAUUCAAGUUUGAAAUGAAAAAUGGCAAAGUCCUAACUUUCUACAAAAAGUGGUCGACAAGUAAGGACUGGAUUCUUCUGAAACCCAAAGAUAACCCGGAUCCAGAAUAUACAAUCGUCCAAAGUAUCCCCAAUGGUUCACCGACGUUGAUCAAACCAUCCUUCGAUCCAUUAAUUUUGACAAAAAUCACACAUGAUCUCGUCAAAUUUAACGCAAAAUUUGAUGACGGGACAAUUAAUUGGUGGACAACGCUUAUUAAAAAUUUGGAAUCUGGAACUGAUUUGCCAAUCCCUUGGUAG